GGUAAGUAGGUCGCAAAAAUACGGUCGGAGUGCUGGUCAGCGAAGCGGCGAUGGCAACUUGAUGAUGGCGGUGAAUGGUGCGAACUGAAGUGUGCGAAGAGAGUUGAGUUGGGUUGGGCAGUUCGGGAGAACCGGAGCGGAGAGGAGAGGGCUGCAAUGUGCGGAAAAGUGGGCGGCGAGUCGCGUUGAGUGGCUGGAGCGCUCUAACGAGUCUGUCGAGUCUUUUGGGGAGGCGCUGAGUCAGCCAUGCAACAAUCGGGGCGGGUGGAUAGGUGCUUACCCCGUCUCCCAGUUACGUCAAUGGUCGGGAUCCACCAAACGACAACGACAGACUUCCUGUCUCUCGUCAACAAACUCAUGGUGGAAAACCACGGCACACGCACUGAAACUGUUCCCAAAGCGCCGGGGCCGUCUUCCCAUGACUAUGACGAAUGUUCUUAAAGCACAUCGACUUGACAACCGCACUGCGGCCUUCGUACCUGCCCGAUGAAGACCUGCUUUUCGUGCAAGACAAUGUGGGGUUGUAUGAGGGCAAGUUCAAACUCCCGAAUCAGCAAAAUGGCCAGGUCUACUUGACAUCGCAUCGGAUAUGCUACGUCGACAAGGCAGAGCCAAGAAAGUACUCGGUUGCGCUGGACCUGAAAGAUGUGGAACGCUAUGAGUUCUAUGCUGGCUUUUUCAAGUCCUCUCCAAAGAUCACCCUGAUACCCAAAGCAACAAAGCGUGCGCCCCUUCAACAGCGCUCUCCAGCUCAUGUCUCUAACCCUUCCCGGAGCGGCAAUUCCUCGCCAGCCCAUCGCCAAGAGGGCGUCCUCCGGGUAUCACCAGUUGAGCCUACGCCCGUGAGCGCAGCUACCUGGGUUUGCAACAUCUGCAGCUUCUCAAACCCUGUCCCGUCCAACUUUGACCCUACUGCCGCCAACGCUCACACACCUCUGCCUCCGUGUUUGGCAUGCGGCAUUAAGCCAACCCUAACCCAUGUUCUGAAAGCCGCAAUCAGCAAUGCAUCAACCCGUGGACCAUCGAGUCCGGCUCUCCAAACGCCGCUACCCGUGAGGCCGAAGCAAAUCUCUGACCUAACCUCACCACAGUCUCCAGGCCUCACAGCACCCCCCCGAAGUUCAGAUCCCGAUGCCUCCUUCCACUGCCCACGAUGUACCUUUGCCAACCAUCCCUCUCUCCUAUCCUGCGAGAUAUGCGGCGCCUCACUCAUCUCCCACGACAUCCCAGCCAGUCUCACUCAGAGCCCCCGAACCAACACGGAAUCUCCCGGCCCCUUCCUCAACUCCACCGCCCCCGUCCCAGUUGGCCUGGAAAGCCCAGAGAACGUCAAGCUUUCUUUCCGCCAUGGUGGUGAGAAGAUAUUCUAUGAACGUCUCAAAGGCUGCAUGACGCAGCGGAAAUGGCUUCUCCAGAACGCGCCCCCCAUCCCCAAAUCAUCUCGCUCCGAUGGCACCGACGGUGGUGCUGGUACUGUCGGGUCAUCAGAACCGGAGAGACAACGGCUCAAGAUUGGUGGUAUUGCCGGUCUGGAGCGGCAAACUCAGGCGAUGCGCAAGAAUAACGAGCUCGUCAUUGGAAACGCCUUUGAAGACUUGGAAGCGCUCAUGGCAUCGGCGAAGGAGAUUGUAGCUUUGGCGGAAAGUUUUGCGAAGCAAGUCAGGGGCGCUGGGGGCUCGUCCGCGAGUGAGAAUGCUCUGUUGGCCGAGUCGGCAAGUCAGCUUGGGUUGAUCACCACGAAGGAUAUUGUUGGGAGUAAUGGGGGCGACUCUUUGUAUCUGAGUGAGUUGGCAAGGACGUUGGCCGAGUUUUUGACGGAUGACAGGAGGGGGGUCUUGAGAAAGGCCGGGGGAGUAAUCUCACUUGUGGAUCUAUGGGCUAUGUUCAACCGAGCCCGAGGCGGAGUCGAACUGGUUAGUCCCGCGGACUUUGAGAAAGCAGCGAAUCUAUGGGAGAAAUUGGAGUUGCCGGUUAGGCUGAGGGUGUUCAAAUCAGGGGUGAAGGUUGUACAGAGCAAGGACAGGACGGACGAGUCGACGAUCAAGGCGUUACUGGAUUGGAUGAAGGAUUUGCAUGAGUUUCCUCCUGAGAAGGAGGUGUCGUGGGAUUGGCAUGAGUUUGGGAGGGGGGUUACUGCGAGAGAUGUGGCGGAGAGGUUUGGGUGGAGUAUUGGUGUUGCCGAGGAAGAGUUGGAGAUGGCGGAGGAAAAGGGGGUGCUUUGUCGGGAGGAAGGGAUAGAGGGGUUGAAGUUUUGGGAGAAUUUUAUUGACACGGGGGAAGGAAAGGGGUAUAAAGACGAGGCGACGCUGAAGGCGGAGUUGACGCUUAAGAUGUUGAGGGAGAGUGGGUUUAUUUGAAUUAAUAUUAAAACAUAGAUGGCUUCGAUGUCAGUGUCGCAAUAUGAUUUUGUAUUGACAGAAGAACGAGUAGAUGAGGUUCGUGAGGGGGUCAUGGAUGCAAAGAUUAGGGUGCGAAGUAUAAGAACCGCAUCAUAGGUAUCUCGGUUUUCGUUCACAGAUGAAACAAGACAGAUCACUGUAUUUAUAUACCCAGCUAUUUAUCCAAACAACAAGAGCCUUGGUGUAAGAAAGAUACGCACCAUUAGGAGGAUGUGGGCUCGCUUUGGGCCAUAUCAAAUCCCACCCCCCCCGCCCAGAGUAGUGAACUGGGGGAACACACACAAACAACCACAACCCCACAACAUCGCCCAUGGCAGGGCGCUGGAUACUCAACCUCAUAACAGUGGCUCGCUCUUGACCACCCAUCAACUCGCCUCAACCAUCGAUAUUCCCCAACUUGUCAUCCUGUCCAUCGCCUCCGAUGACAUCCAUCACUCCAAGCGCCCAAGACCUUCGAGACCCCCAGCGCGUCUUCCCAUCGCUUCCGGA